GGGCCGCCAUCCACUUGAAGAGGAUGGACCAACCAAACAGGGGGAUAUGGAUAGGACCCGCCCACUGGAUUGUCUCCCCACGGCAGGAUCUCUUAGCCACUGUGUGAGCCACAUUAUUCAAAGCCCGACGAACAAAGCGAAAAAAGAUUUUUGAGAAACCAUGGCAGAGGUUCACGACAUCUUGCACCACGGUGUUUCAUUAAAUGCUUCAUUGAGAUUGGUGAUAUUGACAAAUGGAUUGAGAUGGUUUAUAUACUCGUUGAGAUGUCAUGCACUAAGAAAGCAAACCAAGACACAACAAUGGAUGCUAUAGAAGCUGAAAAUUCGGAGCUAAGGUCCAAAGUUUCCCAUAUUGAGUAUGCUCUGAAUAACUUGACAAACACAUCUAACCAGGUGACAACAAGUUCUAGUCCUCUUGACAUGGCAGCUCAACAUCAAGUAUGGUCAUUGUCAUCGAUACAAGAUGCCUCUCUUACUCAGGUGGGAGAUAUAGUUGUUCUAAAAAGUAUCAUUAGGCUAAUAGAAACAGUUGCAAUCGGAGUACUUAAAAGCACAGACGCAUCUGAAGAAGUAGAAGGGGAAGAACUAGGACUCGACUAUUGGGAGGUGCAUGUUCAAGUGCCAGUCAAACCUAAUGAGAGCUUGAUCCGAUCAUAUGGACUUGUUAAAACAGUUGGACAAGUUAUUAGAGUUCAUGUUGCUUGGUUUGCUCCAUUUGUGAUUUUGCAAGUUAUGGAUGCUAGACGAGAAUAUUUAUACAAGUGAGGUUGAGAAUUUGGGAAAUGAUUUUAUUUUGAUAAUUUAUCUCUUCGGAAGAUGGAUAUCACUAUGGUUUUUUAGAACUUAUGAUUAGAAUAAUUUUCUUUUAAAUUUUUUUUGCUUUAACUUUGUUAGUGGUAGAAUAUUUUAUAAUUUUGGUAAGGGAUUUUUAUUGCAAUAUAAAUAAAUUUAUA